AUGGAUGUAAAAGGAUCACCAGCUACUCAUACGGUUUCUUUUCCGGAACAAAUUAUCUCGUUCGAAUUGUCAUCAUACGAAUGGUCUCAAAACCUGUUGUGUAUUGCACUGAUGGACAAGCUAGUACUUGGGAGUGUACGAUUUCCUGAGGAAAGUGAAACCGAAUCAUUUGAAUGGAAUCAGAUAAAAGAAAUCCACCAUAACAGCCGGCCUCAUUGCGUGGCAUUUGCUCCCGAAACAUCACUGGCCGUGGUCCCGAAAGUGAUUGUGAUCGCCAGCGCUGGAUCGGACUAUAAAAUUCGCAUUUUCAAUAGCGAUUUGGAGCAAAAUGACACCGUACAACUGAUCGAAGGGCAUCGUUCGUAUGUUAAUCACGUUAGCUGGGAUCCCGACGGUGAAUUCUUGGCCUCAUGCAGUGAUGACAACACUUGUGUGUUGUGGAAAUGCAAAGAAGCAUACGUUCAAGGACCUAGUUUCGGUUUCAGCUCCGCAGUGCUUUCUGUCAAAUGGCACCCAGAGGAAUCCGGCCAUAUUUUGAUUGCUGAAAAAAGUGGUGUUAUACAUCUAUACAAGGUGCACAUGAAAACAUCAAUGAUGUCAAUUGAAACAGAUAUUAACCCGCUUAGUUCCGCUGAUUGGAGUUUGUCGAACUCCGCAUUCGUUGCUGCCAUGGCACGUGGCAAUAUAUUCAUGUGGGAUUUGAAAAACUCCAGUUGGCCAAGCGAAAACAAACCCAUGCACGAUGAAUGUGGGCAUGUGGUGAAAUUUUCACCUCACUCCGAGAAUGUAGUUGCCAGUAUCGGCAGGCCAAACGCAACGUUAAAGGUCAUUCACAUGAAAAACAAACUGCCACAAAUUGAAACUAAACUGCUGCUUUUUGGAGGCCUUUGUUGGCAUUAUCAGCUACCAUAUGUAGUGGCCGCUUCUGAUCGGAAACUUUGUUUCUGGAAAGUAUCGAUUUAA